CAAACAGAAAAUCUCCCCCGCCCAACACAGAAUUUCUAACGCAUUGGCGAAAGAACAGUGUCAAAUUGUGACGCAUUAUACCUGUCAGUUAUUUAGCAUUAGCCUCUUGGUUACACAACACGGACUAACAAUUGAAUUGGUUUUCAGUUUCCAUCUCAACGUACCCGAGUCAACAUUGGUUGAGCUGCAGUGCGUCAGAGUGGCGCUUCGAUCGUUGAGCAAAACUUUGGCAGCGUUUCAUUCGAGACGAUCAGUGUCUUCUGCGGAGUCGUAGUUGUUAUCAACCCUCCCGUGCUUCAUCUACCCCAUCGUCAGUUUACCGAAUUAACCUUCACGUGUUUCCAAGGGCUAGUCAACAUGUUGAACGUCCGGUUCGUCAAAGAUGUCGUGUAGAAUUUACAGCCGUCAGGACUUUGAGCGGGUGCCGGAUAUCGGGGAAAAGUGCGCGGAAAUCGCAGAGCGGUGAUGGACUGGCGAGCACACGUCGGCAUCACAAUCAAAAAUCAAAAUCGGUACAACAAUGAUGGAUAAUGAGCUAUCGAAUCAGGAAUUGGUGAAAUGUGUGGUGGUCGGCGAUACGGCCGUCGGCAAAACGCGGCUCAUCUGCGCCCGGGCUUGCAAUAAAAAGGUUUCUCUUUCGCAGCUUCUCAACACGCACGUUCCGACCGUGUGGGCCAUCGAUCAGUACCGCAUCUACAAAGAGGUUUUGGAACGCUCUUGGGAGGUUGUAGACGGCGUGAAUGUCUCGCUGCGACUGUGGGACACAUUUGGCGACCAUGAAAAGGACCGUCGUUUCGCCUAUGGAAGAUCGGACGUGGUAUUACUCUGCUUCUCGAUCGGCAACCCGAAAUCGUUGCGCAAUUGCAAGGCCAUGUGGCUUCCGGAGAUCCGCCGCUUUUGUCCCAACACGCCCGUCUUGCUCGUCGGAUGCAAGAACGAUCUUCGCUUCAUGUACUGCGACGAGACUUAUUUGUCCUACUUCAAGGAUCGCAAUCCGUUUAUGCGGCCGACCAAAGAAUGCGACCUCGUCAUGCCGGACCAAGCGAGAGCCAUCGCAUCCGACCUCGGCCUUCCUUACUACGAAACCAGUGUGUUGACCUAUUAUGGGGUGAACUCUGUUUUCGAGAACGCCAUCCGGGCCGCUUUGGUCUCUAGACGACAACAGAGGUUUUGGCUGGCCGGUUUCAAACGCGUCCAGCGACCGUUACUCCAAGCUCCGUUUUGCCCGCCUAAACCGUUGUACCCUGAUAUAUACGUCUCGGCCAGCACUUAUUUUGAAAAUUUUCAAACACUCUAUGCUCGCCAGGCGUACACCGAUGUGAUAUUCAUCACGGGAAGCGUAGGCUUUUCGGCGCAUCGAUUCUACAUCGCAGCAGCGGCUCCUUCCCUGGCGCGGCUAAUCGCCACAGCGACGGCCAAUAGUGAUAUUAAUUGCUCGGAUAUUGGCACAAGAUCCUCCAGCGAUUGCAGCAUGGUCAGCAGCGUGGGCGACACCUCAGCGUCGGGCGGUAGCAGUUACCACAGCGAAGAGACUGAAUGUCUGCUGGACGUCGAUAGGACUCAUUAUUUGCGUCUAUCGAAUCGCAUCAAGGAAAAAUUAAAGCGUCGCUGCAGUUUUCAGUUGUCGUCCACUUCUUCCGCGUAUGCCAACGAGCUCCGCUGCCCGCAGUUUAGCCGUGAAAUUUACCAUCCGGCUGUCCAGUCGAUCAGCGUGGAACAAUGCCAGGGAAUGGACCAUAGAGGUCGGCCGUGCGUGUCAACGCAGACGGUAGUGACGCUGACCAAAAUCGUUACACCUAAUGCCAUGCGUCAAUGCUUGUGUUUCAUCUACACGGGCCAGAUUGACACUCGUCUCUGUCCACUCCAGUCGCUUCCGAUGUCUUUGCUGCUGGAAAUCCGACAAGCAGCAGAAUUCCUCGACCUUCCCGAGCUGUUGGCUUUUAUUCACAAUGUUCAUAUACACGAAGAGUUCCUCAAUAACGAUAUCAUUCGAUCCCGGUUACUGGAACUCAGUUUGAAUCAAGGCCUUUACGCCGACGUGCACUUUCUGCUUGAUAAUGGAACUUGUCCUGCCCAUCGACCGCUUCUAAUGGCUCGUUGUGACGUCAUGGACGCCAUGUUUGCCGGCGAUUUCCGUGAGAGUUCAGCCAAAGUGGUUCAAAUGCCGGGCGUGAGUGAGACCACUUUCCGCCAAUUGUUGCAUUAUAUCUACACGGACAGGAUCCCGCCAUUGCAGGCUAUUUCCUGUGUCCCAUUAGUCGAGUUGGCUAAUCGGUUGUGUCUGUCCCGUUUGGUUCAAUUGGUCGAAAGUUACAUGGUAACUGAAAUGCAGAGAAUCAUUGACGCUGGCGGCGAAGUUGCCAUGGAGUGCCUCAUGCUCCUCGAGCCUUGCCAGAUUCACAAUGCUGACCAGCUGGCAGAUUGGUGCCUGACUUACUUGUCGACCAACUACAAUAUGAUGUGUAGGAAAGCACCGAAAAUUUUGAAGGCCCUGCAUUCGGAGAACCAGGCACAUCUUGCCCAUCAUCGCUGGCCUCCUGUCUGGUACCUGAAGGAACGCGAUUUUUACGACAAGUAUAUUGCCGAACGCAAAAAAGAAGAAGGCCUAAGCAAACCUUUGAAACGCAGCCGAAACAAUUCGGGUUGCCUCUGUUUUGUUGGCAAGACGAGACGGAGUGACGACAGCAGCUACCACGCAGUUUAGUUUCAUCCAUCAUCCGUUAAAAAAAAAAGGUUUGCAUGGUAAACAAAACAUAAAAUGUAGUUUUUUUUUUAAAUGAUACCCUAGCUUGUAAUAACUUAAACAACGGUUUCCAUAAAUAUCUCAAAUAUUUUCGGCUAGUAGCGAAGUUGACAAUAGAUCUGUAAAAUAGGGGGCGUGCAUGGCUUAGUUUCACGCUGUAGCGUGACGUGGUUUAUCGCUAAGCCAUUUGGUACUUCAUUUGCCGAUUGUGUGCGGCAUGUGUACAGUAUGUUUGCGUGUUUUGAUCGGUGUCGUGCACACCCCCUCCUUUCCCUCCACCGGACUGACGUCGUGUCCCGACUCUCCUUUGGGUGCCCAAAUGAAAAAAUAUCUCAUUUAGGAAAAUUACAAUAGGAUGCGAAUUUGGGAAAGAGGGGAUUUCACCAACGUCUAUUUAAUUCAUAGAAAAGCUUGUCGCUUUGAAAGAGAUUGAGGUUGUUUGUAUUAAAAGUGAGAGAUUUCUCGGUAUCUGCUUUUUGGCAACCAGUUCAAAUCCUUCCUUCGAUCGCAAACCGCGUAGCUUCGCGGUUUCUUAUUUUGCAAUCAAUAUUUGAUAUACAAGUAUAUAUAUUAUGUAUAUAUAUCUAUAUCUGCAGAUUUGCGCGCGCAUUCUGUUGUAAAACGAACCAAAAACUCCCCCCCCAAUAAAACAGAAUAGCGAAACACAAGAAAAGAAAAGGGAGAAAAAAAAAAUCAAUGCUGAUGUUUUGUUUUUUUAAUCGAGCUAAUUGAACAGCUUUAUCGCAUUACAUGAUCUAGUAAAUAUAAUCCUCCACUUGGGCUCUUCCUAUCUCAGUACUUCAUUCCCAGUUAUACUUGCCCGAGCGCUUCUUUUCGCUGGAUAAAAUGUUUAACUUGGACUUCAGCAAUUUUUUGUUUCUUUUUAACAUUAAAGACAACGAGUGGAAAUACCCUAUGAUGAAGUAGAUCAUGUUUACAAUGUAUGCGCAUCCAACCAAAACGUUAAACAUGGAUGAAAACAAAAGACUGCCAAUAUUACGUACUACAGCGACCAAAUGUUAUUGAUGAAAACUAUUAGGAUACGGCUAACUUUAGUUCAUUUUUGUUUCGUUUUUUUGUUUCGAUUUUUCCUUUAUGGUCUUCAUAGCCGCGUUCGAAUUCGAGUCCUUGAAAAAUUGUCUGUUUCUUUCAAGAGAAAAAGAUUUUUGCAAAUUGCAUGUUUUGAUUAUUAUGAUUAUGCUUUUUAACCAAGCAAAAGAUUAUCGUUCAAAUUCGUGGUUUAGUGCGCGUUUUAGUUGUGAUGGCUGUCUGUUGUAAUAAUGUCGAUCUACUUGAACUAGAUGGUAUAAGUGCUGAUUUUGUCAAAUACAGUGCUGAUCAAUC